AUGGUCCCUUUAUAUAAAGAUGCGGGCAAACAGGACAUCCCAAAUGAGAUACCACCUGUCCACCGAGCAGGAGUCAAUACAGUCACCACCUUAGUGGAGAUCCAAAAGGCUCAGCUGGUGGUGAUUGCCCAUGAUGUAGACCCCAUUGAGCUGGCAGUUUUCCUGCCUGCCCUGUGCCGAAAGAUGGGGAUUCCCUACUCCAUCAUCAAAGGAAAGGCCAGACUGGUGCUCCUGAUCCACAGAAAUAUGUGCACCACUGUUGCCUUCACACAGGUUAACAGGGAAGGCAAGGUUGUUCAGGAUAAGGUGGUGGAAGCUAUUAAGACCGAAUACAAUGACAGAUAUGACAAGAUCUGCCAUAACUAUGGUGGCAAUGUCAUGGGUCCUACGUCUGUGACUCAAACUGCCAGGCUGGAAAAGGCAAAGGCUAAAGAACUUACUAUUAAACUGGGUUAA